CAUCUGCUUCCCUCAAGAGAGAAGAGUGUAGUAUCUCAGUUGAUGCAGGAAGCAGCUUAAAUGCCAGUGGGUUUAUAAUUCUGGAUUCAUCUACAACUGCAGUUCCGUUGCAGUCACAGAGUGACAUGAAGUCAGUGAAACAUAAAGCUGAUGAAAGCUCAGAGCAUGGAAAUAACAACAAAAGACUAAAGAGUGGAGAUGAAGGAAGUCUACAUGAGGAGGCAGAUGAUUUGCUGUACUGUGCUGACCAGACUUGUAAAUCAGGAUUACCUAAUUCAGGCAUUUCCAAAUUAAUAAAUCAGUCAGAAUUAUAUUCACGCUCUGUACAAUCUGCAAGUAUGAAAGUGUCACAGAACCUUAAAAUAAAAGCCAGCAGUAGUGAUAGCUUUGAGGAGAAUACGGAUGGUGAAAGAAACACUGAAUUUGUACAAGAUUAUGUUACUAAAAAUGAAUGUGACAUAACAUCACCAGAAAGUCUGCAGAAUAUGGAUGAUGAGAAUGAAACAAGUACAAAUCUUUGCCUUUUAAAGGCAGUGGUUUCUGUAAACAAAGUAGGUUCUGAGAUUUGUAUUGCAAUGGCAUGGUUAGAAGGCACUUGUGGUCGUGAUGCUGUUCAUCAGGUGAUGCAGUACCUUAAAAAUAAUCUCAGAAUUGAAUAAUGUAUAUGGUUAAAUAUGUCACCUGAUAGACUCCUCUGUACAAUUGUAAAUAAAUGCCCUAAUUCAAUAAACUA